AUGAAGAAGCAAAACGUUCGCACCUUAUCUCUAAUCGUUUGCACCUUUACAUACUUGCUCAUCGGCGCUGCAGUUUUCGACGCCCUGGAGUCUAAAACGGAAAACCAAAGGAAAAUCAUUCUACAAGAAAUCCAAGCUAUAGUCAGAAGAAAGUAUAACAUAAGCGACGAGGAUUUCCGAAUAAUGGAGACCAUCGUGCUGAAAUCGGAGCCGCACAGGGCUGGUCAGCAGUGGAAGUUCACGGGAGCAUUUUAUUAUGCGACGACCGUUUUAACCACGAUAGGUUACGGUCAUUCCACUCCUAGCACUAUUUCCGGAAAGUUGUUUACCAUGUUCUACGCCAUGAUAGGAAUCCCUUUGGGCCUGGUAAUGUUUCAAAGCAUCGGAGAAAGGGUUAAUAGGCUAAGCAGCGUAAUCAUCCGUUCCGUGAAGUCUUCCUUACAUUGUCGGCAGACGACGGCUUCUGAAUUGGAUCUCAUAUGUGUCGUCACAUUUUUGAGUUCGCUGACGAUAGCUGGAGGAGCCGCUGCUUUUUCCAGAUAUGAGGGUUGGAGUUACUUCGACUCAGUUUAUUAUUGUUUUAUCACUCUUACCACCAUCGGAUUUGGCGACAUGGUGGCGCUCCAGAAAGAUAAUGCUCUAAGCCAGAAACCAGAGUAUGUUAUGUUUGCCCUCAUUUUCAUUUUGUUCGGCUUAGCAAUUGUAGCAGCUUCAUUGAACUUGUUAGUUCUUCGGUUUGUGACGAUGAACACCGAAGACGAAAGACGGGAUGAAGCACAGGCCAUGCAGGCCCUUGCGGGAGCUGUAAGGUUAGAGGGAGACGUUAUAACAGCUAACGGCUCCAUCCUGAGUGGUCAAUUAGGACAUCAUUGUACAGAAACAACGUCGUUAGAUCCCGAUGAUACCUCCGUGUGUUCUUGUCCCUGCGGAUGCUUACCAACAAACAGUAGGCAUAGAUUUACAGUUCGAAGAUCGCCGACGCAAAUUAGACAUCUACUUCCUGUGUUGCCAAUGCACGAACUUCAUCUGCCUCAUGGGCCUGUUUUGCCCACGCCCGCAAUUUACCCAAAUCACAGAGCUUCAAUAUGAUCACUUCUAUGGAUUCGAGCCUACAUUAAUCAAUGUGAUAACGAUAAAUGAACUUACAUAUUACUCGUUAGUGAACGGUACCACUGAUUAGAUAUUUCUAUCAUAGGCUGAGUGAAAACGAUUUUUAAAACAAUGUCCAAUUAUUAUUAUAAUACAUUCUCAGGACAUCGGAGACCGAAUUUUUCAACU